CCUCCCUCCCCUGUUUGCACGCACAGAGCCCCCUCCCCCAGCCCCCCUCUGUCUCUCUCCUCCCUGCAUGUCCGGGAUAGGCGGCUCCCAUCCCCGAGGGCGCCUCAGCUGUGUGCACCGCGCACACGGGCCGCUGCCAGCCGACAUUGGGGCAUACAGCGAGACUGAACACGUAGACAUGCCCGGAGCCUGAAGGCCGCCAGCUGCAUCAGUGUUCAAUGGAUCCUAAAGAUCUAUUAAAGCCGCCAAGUGGAUCCCAGGCUGUGAAGACUGCACAUUACACUGACAAGAAAGGGAACGUGAUUGAUUUAUUUACAAGCUAUAGAGGUGGAGCCUGUGUGAACAUUUCCACAUCUUGUCCAACCCCACCUGCUUCACUGCCAGACACACGGCAGCAACUACAACAGCAGGAACCGGCUAUAACAGUGGAUCCAGCGAAUGGUCUGGGUAAUGUGCCUCAGCCAGACCUGUCCAAAGCCGUCUCCCUUUCAAUGGGACUUUAUAUGGGUGAGCCAGAUACAAAAGUAAUGGGAAACGAACUUGGUUACCCUCAGCAAGCUCAACUUGGAGUGCCAGCAGGAGAAACGGACUUCAGGCUGCUCGAAGAGAGCAUUGCCAGUCUUCAGGCAAAGUCAUCUGUCCCAGAGAAGGUGCAGGAGGGCCUUGAAGAUAAAGGAGCUAUCAAAUGUGACCUGUCCGCCCAGCCAAGCCCUUCUGUGCAGGGUCAAGGGAACAGCAAUAACAAGUUGUUUCCUAAAGACCAAAGCACCUUUGACCUUUUACAGGAUCUGGAUUUGCCCCCAGAGUCACCCAGGGAUAUAAAGGAUAAUCCAUGGUCACUGGACCCUUUAUUUGGAGAUGACGCUGUUGACUUGCUAUCUCCUUUGACCACUGAUGACCCUUUUCUUUUGAGGUCAGGUUCAGUCAAUGAAGACUGCAAACCGCUCAUUCUUCAAGAUUGCACACCAAAAGUAGGGGACUUAGUGCUGCCAAGUACUGAAAUGCUGAUGUCUCAAGUGAAGACUGAAAAGGAUGACUUUAUAGAGCUGUGUACUCCUGGGGUAGUGAAGCAGGAAAAGUUUAGUCCCAUUUAUUGUGGUGGCCAUUUUUCUGGAUCUGGCCUUUUUGGUAACAAAACAUCAGCCAUCUCUGUGCAUGGCGUCAGCACUUCAGGGGGACAGAUGUACCACUAUGACUUGAACACUUCUCAACUGUCUCAGCAGCCGGAUCAGAAGCCAAUCUUUACCUUGGGCCAAACUCUGCCUACCAUUUCUGAGGCUUGGAAUAGGUGCCAUGGGUCUGGGAAUGAAAACCUUGCAUCUCCAGGGAAUUUAACCUAUCAAAGCAGGCCUGUGUUUUCCAAUGGCUACUCCAGCCCGGGAAUGAGACCAGAUGUGAGUCCUUCUCCGUCCAGUUCUUCUACCAGCACCGGACCGCCUCCCAAGCUCUGUUUGGUGUGUUCUGAUGAAGCCUCCGGGUGUCACUAUGGAGUAUUGACCUGCGGCAGCUGUAAAGUGUUUUUUAAAAGAGCCGUAGAAGGUCAGCACAAUUACCUUUGUGCUGGAAGAAAUGAUUGUAUUAUUGACAAAAUUAGGAGGAAAAAUUGCCCGGCAUGUCGCUAUCGGAAGUGUCUACAAGCUGGAAUGAAUCUGGAAGCACGCAAAACUAAGAAGAAGAUAAAAGGUAUACAGCAGUCUAACACAACCGCAGUACGUGAACUACCUGAAAGUUCAGUGAAGACCAUUGUCCCUGCCUCCAUAGCACAACUUACACCUACUUUGAUCUCCUUAUUGGAGGCCAUUGAGCCAGAAGUAUUGUACUCAGGUUAUGACGGCACCAUUCCAGAGACUGCAUGGCGUGUCAUGUCCUCUCUGAACAUGCUCGGGGGCCGCCAGGUGGUAUCUGCAGUGAAAUGGGCAAAGGCAAUACCAGGCUUUAGAAAUCUGCACCUGGAUGACCAAAUGACCCUUCUGCAGUACUCAUGGAUGUUUUUGAUGGUGUUUGCCCUUGGAUGGAGGUCUUAUAAACAGUCCAAUGGGACUGUGUUGUAUUUUGCUCCAGAUCUUGUCAUUGAUGAGGAGAGGAUGAACUUACCAUACAUGCAUGAGCGAUUUCAAGACAUGUUCAGGAUUGUCAAGGAGAUGACUCGUCUCCAGAUUUCAUAUGAUGAAUACCUCUGCAUGAAGACUUUGUUACUCCUUUGUACAGUUCCCAAGGAUGGCCUGAAAAGCCAGACACUAUUCGAGGAAAUUCGAAUGACGUAUAUUAAAGAACUCGGAAAAGCCAUAGUAAAGAGGGAAGGAAAUUCUAGUCAAAACUGGCAGCGAUUUUACCAACUGACAAAGCUAAUGGAUACGAUGCAUGAGGUGGUUGAAAAUCUUCUAGCCUUUUGCUUCUAUUCCUUCACAGACAAAUCGUUGAGUGUUGAAUUUCCAGAGAUGUUGUCGGAAAUUAUCACCAAUCAGAUACCAAAAUACUCAUCUGGAAAUAUCAGAAAACUUUUAUUUCAUCAGAAGUGACUGCCUUACUAAAAUUAUAUAUAAUUAAAUAUAUAAGCAUAAAAAGUUGCCUUAAGGAAAGAAUAAGUCAAAUUAUAGCUUUUACUGUAUUGAAACAGAAAAAUCAGACGUGGUAAUUGUCCUUGCAACGGUGUACCUAAUGUAAUUAUGCACUACAGUUUAUGUGGUUUACAGAGGGCCAAGAUUUGGACUAUUGAAAAUUCAGCAUUUCACUCCUAUGAAUGAAAUGGGAAGAAUAAGAGAUAAUUAAACCAGUCUGCAUUGUGAAAUAACCUGGUAGCAAUUUUUGCUUUGGAUAGAUUUGUUUUGCUUUUUAUUUUCUUUCAUUUUCCUGUCGGGUGUUUUGUUUUUUUCCUAUCUUGUUAGGAAAAGCCAGAAUUUGAUUGAUGCAUGGAAUCUGCUGAAAGUUUACAAGUGUAUUCAGAAAAGGGAAGUUGUGCCUUUUUUAAGCUACUGUUUGCGUCUAGCAGUUUCUCUCAGUUUUUACAAAUGGACUUUCUAUUUUCUUUUCCUUACAUCAUAUUUUGUUUCCUAUUGUACAGAUCGGGUCGUUUUUUUUAAGAUGGGCAGCUCACAGCUUUCUUAACAGAAAUAAAAGAAUACGUAAUUCUUACAAUGUCUGUUUUUGCAAGUACUCUAACCAAAUUGCUAAACUGGCUACUUAGCAUUUUUGUGUAUCACAUGUAUGAUAGUUAUAUGGCCAAACUCCGUCAGCUUUUGAAUGGCAUACCAGCCGUCAUGCUACAGGGGAAUCUCUCCUGCCUUCUGGUUUAAAAAUCUUUAUAAUACGUUGAUUCAUGAUUAAAAACAUGGCCCAUUGCAGGUUUAAUGCAUGCAAUUGUAGAAUCGGAAUGUAGGGGAUUUUUAAAUAGAGGUUUGUUUUUUUUUGUUUUUCUCAGAAAAGAUUUCCUUAGACCUAGUUCACAUGUGCCAUAAUCUGCUCAGAGAUGCAAUGUUCAAAGCUGCUGUAGCCGUUUCAUAGCUUGCCUAUGUGUAUGCUUUUAUUAGUAAAAUGUAAAAUAUUGAGAAAGUACAUGAUUUUAAUAGCCAUUCACUUUAAGAUUUUUGUCAAAUA